UUUUGAUAUAACGCUAUUGGUCGCUUUUAGUAUUUACUAUCGCGCGCUUUGUAGUAGUGAUAGUAAUAUUUGAUUAUGAUAGUAACUUACAACAAUCAAUGAUUUUGAUUUUAUUCGAAUCAUCUCUCUCCUUCAAAAGUGUUUGUAGAUUAAUCAGUAAUAGGUGACCGUUACUUUUAUCGUUACUUUUAAGGUGAAAUAUUGGACUUUUUUACAUCCUACUAGAUUCAUAUCAUCAACACUCAUCCUCAUUCAGAAUCAAAAGGAGAACAAAUGGAUACAGACGCUGAUGAUGAAUAUAAAAUCAGACACCGUUUUCCUGUAAUCGGUGUCGAGCCAGUAAUGUUCCUAUACAUGGCAGCUUUUAUGACAACAACUGUCGUGGAGGAACAAUUUUUUGUUUAUAAAGCAUGCUCCGUCAACUUGGGAUACCCAAAAAACAUUUGUCAUCAUAUUAAUGAGCAAAUUUAUAAAAAUUACAGCACUCAAGUCCAGAUUGAAGUUUCAAAGUUUCAUCAGUAUGAAAACAUUGCUUCUCAUGCGGUGCCUGUCAUUCUUGCCUUCAUUCUUGGAUCAUGGAGUGAUCGUGUUGGUCGCAAACUGCCAAUGCUUCUGGGCCUUAUGGGCUGCCUCGUAUACUCAUUCAUGAUUUUCAUCAAUGCUCUUUUUGAAACGUGGCCUGUUGAGAUGAUACUCUUCACCGCAAGUUUCCCUUCAGCUCUGACCGGCUCCCAUUUGACCGUGUUCAUGGCAUGCUUCACCUAUCUGUCCGACACGACAACCAGUGAGCAACGUACACUGAGGACAACUCUUCUUGAAGUAGCCUACCUCCUUCCUAUGCCGAUCGGAGUUGCCUUUGGUUCGUACUUAUUCAAUGGGCCACUGUAUCGUUCUUAUGGAGGAAUGUUUCUUGUGAAUUCGCUAUUCCUAUUUAUUGCAAUCGUUUAUACAUUCUUUGUUAUUCCAUGGAGGACACGAGACUCCCUUGAAGGAGAUUAUAAUGCAUGUACUAUUAAACAUUUUAGCAACACCCUCAAGACUUUAGUUACAAAACGAAAGGAAGGAAGAAGACUUUUGCUGAUUUUAUGCCUUAUUGGACUGGCUUUGUACACUUUACAAAGAGGUAUGUUAUGUUUUUGUUUUGUGGAUAGUAAUAAUAACUAUCUUUUCACACUUAUUUAUUUAUUCCUCCCUUUCUUGCCUUUCGGCUACACGAGAUUUUGCAGGAAUCGCAUAUCACAACACGUAUGUCAUUCCUGCUAUUAAACGGCGAGUACUUUAACGAUUUCGUUUUGUUUUUCAAACUCUUCUUUUUCCAACAUUUUCUUUUCACAAUAUCAGUCUGGUGACCUUCCAUUAGCAGGUCCUCUUCUUCCCAAAUAAUCUUUAAAAAAUCUUUGUAAUACGGGUGGUUCUGCUCCGCCAAUAACUGGGGAAAUUCAUCCUCUGUGAGGCCAUAGACACCAAUGUUUUUCAUCAUUCCGGCCCUUAGUCCAUCAAAGGCAUACUUAUUUACCUUUAGCUCAAUUUAAUAAAUAAUCACAUUUAGUUUUUGAUCACUAUUUAUUGAUAUACGUUUUGCGGAAUAUUUGUUCUCCUGUUCAUCUAAAAUAAUA